AAAACUGGAAACAGUGUGCCUAAGUCAAUUGAAAUCGAUCGUGUGAAAAAAAACAUUCAUAUAUGUAAAUUUAUGAAUGGUACUGGAAUUAACAUUACGUUCUAAUAGUGUUAGAUUAUUUUUUUAUUAUUUAGUUCUGUAUAUCAUGGAGUAAUUGUUAAUUUGUCCAAAAUAAAACGUUUAUUGGAUAAAUAGAAUCCUAUUCUUAUACGUUUUGCAAUGGAUGAUACUUAUCGACGAAUUAGUGACGAGGAUGAUUUUGGUGAAGAUGAAAUGGAAAAAAGCGAAAUACAAGAGUUUUUUUAUGGGCAAACUAUAUUAUUGACGGGUUGCACUGGAUUUUUAGGAAAAUGUUUUGUUGAAAAAAUAUUAAGAGAUUGUGCGGGGAUUAAAAAAUUGAUUUUAAUUGUGAGAUCACACAAAGUUUCAGCUAAAGAACGUAUGAAAAAAUACUUUCAAAACGAGAUUUUUGAAAAAUUACGUAGUUAUCGACCAAAUUUUGAAUCUAAAGUAUGUAUAGUUGAAGGAAAUUUGAAUGAAGAAAACUUAGAUUUGUCCAUUGAAGACAGAAAGAUGUUAAUAGAUGAAGUGACCAUGAUUUAUCAUAAUGCAUCAAACGUUAAAUUUGCCACGAAAAUAUCAGAUAGUCUCAAGUGUAAUGUGUUUGGAACAAAAUAUAUGAUCGAAUUGGCUAGAGCGUGCAAAAAAUUAGUGUGUUUCAUGUAUAUAUCAACUGCGUACUCGCACUCUUAUAACAAAGUGAUUGAGGAAAAAUGUUACCCGCCACCAGCGGGUCUUAAGAUGGUCCAAGACAUGAUCGACGCGGAUGAAAUCGCGAAAAACGGUAUACCGCAAGCAACUGUAGACGAGACAUGUAAACCGUGGGCUAACAUCUACACUUUUGGUAAAUCAAUCGCUGAAUCUUUAGUCGAAGAAUUUGGCAAAGAAACGUCUUACCCGUGUAUUAUUUACAGACCGAGUCAGAUAAUAUCAACUUACCAGGAACCAUUUCCCGGUUGGUGUGGUAACUACAAUGGACCAGUAUUGUUAUUUGUUGGUUACGGAUUAGGUAUUAUUCAUACAAAUACCCCAGCAGACUCCGUACAAGAUUACGUUCCCGCUGAUAUGUGUACUAAUUCAAUUCUUGCUCUUACAUGGGAUACUGUAACGAACAGAACACAAAACAUCGGAAAAGUUUUUGUAUUUAAUUACGCUUCAUCAACAGUCAACCCUAUUACUAUGAAAGAAUUUGAAGAUAACGGACAGGCACGAAUUGCAGAGAGCCCAUCCAAUCGAAUGAUUGGUCCAACUUUCAUGAUACAAGCACCAUGUUAUUUUCUACUUUAUGUAUUUCAUUUUAUAUUCCACGGUAUACCAGCAGUAAUUGCAGAUAUUGUACUUAUGGCAAUGUUACAAAAACCACAGGCCAUUGCGAUGUUCUAUAAAAUAACAAUGAAUUUAAAGACUAUAUUAUAUUGGGGUACAUCCGAUUGGCGAGUAACUGUAACAGAAACUCAAAAAAUGUGGGAGAGAAUGAAUCAUCGAGACAGAUUUUUGUUUUAUAAUGAUUUACGCACUGUUGAAUGGCCAAUAUUUGGCCAUACAAUUUGGUCUGGAAUAAAAAAGUAUUUAUUAAAAGAACCACUGGAUGAUCCUUCGGCCAGACGAAAAUAUAUGAUGAUACAGUUUGCUUUUCAUAGUUUUAAAAUUAUAAUUAUUGUAUUUAUUUUAUAUUACUUACUUAGUUACUGGCUAAGCUUAAUUUCACCAGUAACCGAAUUCGUAAAGCUGAAAUAUAUUUGUCAUAUGUAAUUUGUUAGGGAGAUAGGUAAUGAAAACUAUUAAUCAUUAUUAUAUAUAGAAUAAUACUCUUUAUUUUGUUUUUUCUUUUGUUGUUAUUAUUGUUGUCCAUAUUGUGUUGCUUUAUCCAAUGAAUAAUAAUUUUAUUGUUUUUUUCUGUUUCGUCGCUGCCGAUAUUUUGGUAAAACAGUAUGUAUGUGUGAUACAACAUUAUUAUACUAAAAUAACGUCCAGACCACUCGUUUUUCCGAUUGUUACUUCAAACCGCUUACGACUAGAAUUAUUUAUAUUGUUAUAUACGUCAUUACUUUUGUACGCCCGAUUUUUUUUUAUAUAUUUAUAUUUAUUUUCUUUUGCAAAAUUUAGUUUGUCCAUCUAAGACCAAUGCCAGAUAAUCAUUAUACGUUUUUUUGUUAAAAAUUUUCAAAUUUUCGAUGCGGUUUUAGAAGAACAAUGAAAAAUCGAGAGAUCAGUACGCUCUUUAGAGGUAUACCGUGCAUCAUAUAUUUUAUUUUUAUUUUUUUCUAAUUUUCUAUUAAAAAGGUUACGCCAAACCUCGAAGCAAAUUCAGGACAAUCACAUGACGGGUUUUUAAAAAAUAAAUUUUAAAAAUCGUUUUAUCAGUUUAAAAAUUGCUUUUGAAAGCAGUAUUGAAUGUUCACACAGUUUAAAAUUUUGUAUAUAAAUUCUUGAGUAUAAAAAUUCAAUGGUUAAAUAUUUAGUGUCAAUUAUUUGACACCAUCAAGUGUAAAUUUAACUAAAGUUUAAUUUGUCAUCUGAUCUCAACAAGUUUUAAACCUGUAUUAUUGUUUGACACAAGAAUAAUGUGUUAAAUUAACACAAAAAAUUAAGUGGGCCGUUUGGAACAUAGAUUUGAGUUGAAUUUUUGAACACAAAUUCUAAACUGUGCGAUAAAAAAUUUCGUGUAAUAAAUUAAUGCAAGUAAAAAUUUAUAAUAAUAAUUUUUACAUAAGCGUUUAAAUAAUAAAUAAAUUUAGUUAAAAUAUUAAUUGUAAUAAAAAUAAUAAUAUAAUAUAUUUCCAUCCUUCUUCCGCGUCCUUUCGCUUCGAGAAAAUGGCGUAAUUUUUCGAUGCAACUUUAACUCUGUCUUUCUGAAAACCUUCAUAUCUUUUAUGCACUACUAUUUACAAUGUACACAUGUCGUCUUUCCUGCCCUAAGUUUCCCGAGGCGUUACUAGGACUUGCUUUAUUUACAAAUUUCUAUUUU